ACAGCAAAAUGGACGACAUGCCCGAUCUAUCGCACCUGACGCAGGAGGAACGGGCCAUCAUCGAAGGUGUGAUGAUGCGCCAGAAGCAGGAAGAGGAACGGGAGAAUGAGAUAAUGCGACGAAAACAGGACGAGGUGGCGACACUCGUCGACUCGAUCCGACAGAAAUCGGAACAGCAGAAGAAGGCAGGUGUCGAGCUGGAAGCCACGUGUCACAUCUGCCUCAAGACAAAGUUCGCGGACGGUAUCGGGCACAUCUGUCACUACUGCAACAUACGCUGCUGUGCCAAAUGCGGUGGCAAAGUAACACUACGCAACAAUAAGGUCAUAUGGGUAUGCAUAGUGUGUAGAAAAAAGCAGGAACUUCUAUCCAAGACGGGUCAAUGGAUGAACAAAAGCACCAGCCCCGAUGGAGUGAUACGAAGGCAGGAAGGUGAUCCUAGGACAUUGCCCCAAACGAUGCUCGAUCCGCACGAUCCCUCCGACAAGCGGCCCAAGCUGGAGCGGGCACGCAGCGCUGCAGAAAAGGAAAACAAUCCAAUGCAACGGGCGAACAGUCAGCUGCGUCGCCAAUACAGCCAGCAAGAUCCACCCACCCGCCGACUGUCCCAAUCGGAUGGUAGCGGGAUGGACAUGAUGUCUCCUGGCCAUCAUCAGCAGCAGAUGGGACGGAUGCAGCAGAUGGGUCACGGCCAGGUAGGGAUGUAUGGUGGACGGCCAGCAGGAGGUCAGCAAGGAGUUGGUGGGUACGGUGGAGGUUAUGGACAACAUUCGCAGCUUCCUCAGCCACCGAUGCAGCAUGGGGGUGGUGUCGGCGGCGGUCCUUACGGUGGGCAGCAUUCGAUGACACCUCAGGUACACAUCACGCAUGCUGGUGGUGGUGGAUCAAUGGGUGGUUAUGGUCAUGAUGAUCCAAGUUACUAUCAGAGCGAAAUUGAAGAUCUCAUGCGUACCCAUCCGCAUCUGGUUCAUCCGCGACAGCAGCAACACUACGCCGAAUCGCUACAAUCCAGUUCGGGCCACGGUAGUGGUGGGCUAGGAGGCGGUGUUGGUGGUGUACACCUGCCGCCCGAACCCACUAAAUCCCACAAGCGACCGCUCGGUGGUCCGUACCUGCCCCAGCAACGAUCCUUCAGCAGCUCCGAUGAGGACAUUCGCUCCACGCCGGAGUUUGAAGCCGGUCACCAAAGACAGUAUUUCGAUAAUCACACACGACUGAACGCAAACCUUACCGACUAUCGAGCAACAAAGCUGGACGUGCAGCAACGCAACAGUUACAAUCGUACCAAUCACAACCGAUAUCAAUCACCGUCCCAGUCGACGCAGCAUUCAUCCCAUCCCUAUCACUACCAGCAGUCGGCGGAUCCGCUGGGGCGGGACUACCAUCAGCAGCAGCCACUGCCGCAGGUGGUGGUCGGUGAUAGCACUAUUGCAUCCACGGCCUACGAUAGUAUUAACCACCAUCACCAGCCCCAUCAUCCCACGCUCCAUCAUCCAUCGGGUACGGCGGCAGUGGCACCGAGCCCGGCGACCAUACCGCAGGGCCUUCACGGCGGCAGCAGCGGAAGCAGCAGCAGCAGUCAGCACCAUCCGUAUCAGCAUCACCAACUGCCACACCAACAGCAGCAGCAGCAGCAGCAGCAGCAUCAUCAUCAUCAACAGUGUAACAGUAGCAGCAGCGGUGGUUCCAGCCACAGUACCACGGGACAUCAUCCGGUGGCGCAGAAUUCGCACACACGUUACGGGACGAGCCCGGCCGCGACCGAGCAGCCGGAUCCGUACUGGGACGAACCGGCCGACAGUCGGCGGUUUACCGAGCGCAGAAAGAAGACGGUCCGGUUCGAUGGGCAGGACUCGGACGAUUGGUCCCGGUGGGAAUCGGAACGACAGGGCAGCCAGGACUCGGCCACCAAAGAUUCCGGCAUUGACACGAGUAGCACGUUUACCAGUAGCGAAGACUCGAACCGUGGCGAUGGUCCAAAGAAUCCGGUAAGCUGGCAAGUAGUGUCAUCGGCGGACGGUGGCCGAAUGGUCAGUCGUCUGGUGCAGCGAAGACAGUUUGACGGCGAAGACGUACUAGGGUUAAAGGUGCGCGGUGGCCAGGUGCUACCGAGCGAUACGCGUGCAGCGCUCAUCGAACUGGAAAGUGCUCACAUUAGGCCAGAAAAUUACGAUCGCCGCGAUAAGCCGAGCGUGCUGGUGACCUCGCCAGGAUCGCCCGAUUUACACAGCGUGCGAAACUACUCCAACUCGCGGUAUAGCAAUCGGCUCGCACCGGCCGGCACCGUAUCGCAGGAGAACAGUGUCGGUGGCCGGGUACAGAUAAAGCUUGGGUUCGAACCGAGCUCGCUACAGCUGAUCGUUACCAUCCUGUGCGCCAAUGGGCUCGUCCCGCGCGGAAACGGUGCGGCCCGUAACCCGUACGUUAAGAUCUGUUUGCUGCCGGAUCGAAGUGAAAAAUCGAAACGACGCACCAAAACGUUAGCCCUUACGAACGAUCCUCGCUGGGGGCAAACGUUCGUGUACGAAGGCUUAAGAAGGGCCGACCUAAACAACCGUCUGUUUGAGGUGACGGUGUGGGACUACGUUCGGUACGGUGCGAACGAUUUUCUUGGCGAGAUUAUACUCGAUCUGUCGACGCACCCGCUGGACGAUGAGGCGGAAUGGUACAUGCUUCAACCCCAUCAGGACUCACUGCGAGAUACUUUGCGUAGAGACGAUAAAGAACCUGGCAACGAAUUGGAUAUGAUAUUGACCCCGACCGAUCAUUUAUCGCCGCCGAGUACGACCUCACGAUUGAGUGACUCUGAUACGACAUCCGAAUGCGAUAUAGAUGGUUUGAUGACCGGACGUGACGGCGCUAGUGUAUCAUCCUUAGGCAGCUCAUCUAGUCCUCCGCCAGAGGUCGAUCUGCAGGACAGACGAUCUAGAAGGGAUAUGUCCCCGCAAGGCAGGAAACGAGCAGCUGGCAUGGUAGCGAAGGACUAUCGCACAGUUUCUGGUGUUGGACAGGGAUUUCACAACCAGAUGAGUGCAGAGGCAACGACGGCGUACAGGCGCAACGGUACGAUGGCGAUGAAUCAGCGAAGCCAAUCGGCCGCACCGAGCGACAACUAUCGGGACGAUCGGCGGGACUCGUUAUCGCCGCAAGAUGAUAGAUAUACAGAAUAUCCAGUUCUUCCAUUGCAUCAGUAUGCGCCAAGAUUUCAAUCACGAUCAGCGACUGCGACACCAACCGGUUCACCGAAGAAACGACAAUUACCACAAGUACCUCACAUGUCACGGAAUGCAGCAAUACGGGAGCGGUUCAUUCAGGACUUUGAGGAGCGCAGCGGUGGCCGAUUCGCGCGACAUCGUGGCCGCCAGAGCCACCAUCAGCCGACGUACCGCAGCACAGGGAUGGGAGGCUGGGAACGACACUACUCCGGACUAUCCGACAGUGACUUGACGACGCAUUCGUUAGAGAGUAGAAUUAGGCCAAGACACUCGCUAUCUCCGGAUAAGGAUUUUAUGGGUGACUUUGGUGAUUCCGACAUGGAAUCGGUAGUUAGUGUUACUUCAAGUGCUUUCUCAACCCAAUCGGAGCGACCGCGCGGAUCGAAAGGUAUCAGGACGCAUCAAAAUCGCCGCCUACAGCACCGAAGUCUACCGACGGGAUGGGCAACUACGUCACUGUGCGCGCUGCCGAGUGAGUACUCGGGUGGGCAGCCGAUACCCGAUAAAUCGGGUAUCAUUCCGGUGUUGUCGGACGUAACGCAAUCCGCCAUCAUUCCACCCAAGCCAGAGUUUGAACCGCAACCUUCCGCUUGUAGUGUGGUUGGUCCUACCGUAGUUGGUAACGCUAGUACCUGUAGCAAUUUCGCUUCUGGAUCUCCUUUACCUUUAGGUGUUCCGAUCGAUUCGAUACAUUCCGAUCCAAUACCGAUUUCACCAGCACCUCCCGACAAGCCUGUUACGGGAAUGACUAGUCAUUACGGUCCUGUUCCUGUUAGGCACGGAGGCUCCAUGCCUGAAGGGUACUUUAACGAGCAAUGCAUAACACUGCAACCUGACUGUGGUUCUACUAUUCAGAGCUUUUCCAUGAAUCCAGGGAACGAUAACGUUAUGAGCACUUCGGUUAAUCUUUCUUCUUGUCCGCAAGGUAAUCAACUGUCUGCUACUUCGUUUGAGUUUCAAUCUGGAUCGCUUCCAACCGAACAUUACUUUAACCGCGCAAGAGCGGCUCCAGCCGGCGGUGUAUCGAUGGAUCCUAUCAUGACGUCCUCAAUGCACGCUGGCGAUGGAACAAGUACUGUCGAUUACGAACAGUCCGCACCACCAAUGGGGCGUCGUCCAUCGUAUGCAAUGCGUACGAACACAUCAGAACCUAACCUUAAUUCAAUGAUCAUGCGACGGCUCUCCAAUCGACCGAUGGAGCAACAACAUGCGUUUGCCUAUUCGCAACCGCGCAAUCAGAUGAUCUCCAUCUCGAACCGUUACCAUCCGCAAUCGCAUGUAACGGUGGGCAUAGGCGGUGGAGAUCACGGGUCCAAAUAUCCUCCACCGCCAGUUGCCACGAAUCAGAUCAUUUUGAAGUCAUCCUAUUCUGAUCAGAACCUUCACAAUAGUAUCGUAUACGAACCUGGUGGUAUGGGAGGAGCCGGUGGUCAGAAUAUAUGCAUUUCCAACAAAAAUGUGUACGACCCAAAUACUGGCUACCAGAACCAAACGAUUACAUGCAUUAGCAACAGUAGGGAAAAUCUAGGUGAAAGCAAUUUCAGAUACACUAGCAAUCCGGAGGGAACGGUGUGCGAAAUCAAUGCACCAGAUGUUCAGUUCCGUAGCUCGCGUACGUCAAACUUUUACGAAGAUGUAGCAUUGGAGCAAGCAAGAGUGCCUUUGACCGAGGCACUAGGUGUGUCUCUUCCGGUGGAGGUUGAUCAACACGAGUGCGGCAUAAGCGAUCGCGAGAUGAAUCCCGAACGAAUUCUCGGCAAACCAAUCGAAGUACUUCGAUCGCCGAGUGAGUAUCGCUAUUCGGCGAAUCACACAAAACCGCGUGAAGAUCCGUAUACGGUCAGUAGCGUCGUACAAGGAAAGCCGGAAAAGAUUUCACGCUCACAUUCACUGAUCGCUCAGGAUCAAAUCAUAGACAUUGAGUACGAUUCGGAUACCGGGUGGAAGACAAAAAGCGUACGCAAGAAUGUGUUUGCAAGCAGUGUGGAGGAAAAGGUGUACAGAAAACGUACCCGUUCUCUGGGUGGUGGGAAUAGUGAGGACGAUACGAAGGACCCGCAGGAUAGUUAUGGCGAAUCGAAGAAAGUUGCUCCAGUUCAGGGCAGAAAGAGCAGAAUUGGUUCCAAGAGUAGUCUAGAUCGUAGCAAUUUGACUUUGAAUAUAGUGAAAAAUGUUGAUGAAGGAACUCCAUCGACUAAAAAGGGCGAAGUGGAUAAGGUUAGAAAGGUAGAGAAAUCGGGAGCAGCUAAACAGACAGAGAAAGAAACUCUAGUAGAAGCAAAGAAAAAAGAGAAAGAAGUGAGUAAAGCUUCCAAAACUAGUUCAACAUCCAAACCUUCUACAAUGGUAAAAUCUAAGUCAACUUCUAGCACUCCGAAAAAGGGCACCAAAAGCCCAGCUAAAACAGGUACCAGUGGAGGAUCGAUGAAGAAGGCAGGAUCGCUGAAAGGAAAGCCAACCAAAGCGGGAUCGUCCACUUCGGUUGCCAUUGGUUCGAAAGGGAAGGUUACAGAGAAGCCCAACUUUAAGGAGAUAGACACAAAAACGUCCAAAUCCAAGCUUGGUAGUAAAAAAACAGACAGCAAAGGUCGUGUGGAUGAGAUCAAGUCCGAAUCGGCCGUGCUGUACAGUAGCUCUGAAUCGAUCAAGUCCAUCAUUGACGAAGUGCGUAUGGAGCUGCUGCAGAAACCGAAAUCGACCGUUUACUUGAGUGACGAAAGCCCUACCGUGCUGAAUCGUAGCCAUUCGUUCAGUGAUGGUGAGCUGAACUACAGCAAACGCAUCCAGGAUUGUUACGAUAAGUAUGAGUUUGUGGACGGUCGCAAGCACUAUCUGUUGAAGGACGAGCGUUUGAAGGAACGGAUCACCGAUCGUUACGGGCGGGAAAGGGCAGUAGGGUACGAGAGAAGUGGAAACAGACGUGGUCGGGGUGAUGAUGAAUACGAGCGUAAGGGUCGCCGUAUGGUACCGGAUGGAGAGGAAGAUCAUCCUAGUCGCCGUUCGGAAAUGUUUCCAAAAUGUAAGUCCCGAAGCUCGAGCCUCGUAUCGAACGACGAGGGUGAGGUGAAGCUUAGGCGCAAGGUCUACCAUAGUGACAGUGCGGAAGACGAUGAUGAUGACGGUGGGGAGGAAGAGGAGGGCGAUGAUGAGGUGUUUGAAAGUUCGUUUUCCCGGGGCAGAAACUCGUCCUUUAAUGGGAAGUCUUCGUUGAAGCGUCGCGCACGGUACGAUACGAGGCGCACGAGCAGCCUGGAAGGUUUGGAUCAAUUUUUGGCCAACUUGAAAGAACGCGAUCGUCACGAUCGUCAUGGCCAUGGGCGGGAGGGAACUUACGGGAGCAGCAAAAGUGACAGUGCCCGGCAUAGCUCGGUCAGCAUUAACGAGAAGCCCGAGUACUUCGAGUACACCAAGUCUCCCUCUUCACCGUACAGCACCAGCGCUGGUAGUAGUGGCCGUAGUGCUAGUAGUAGAAAACCCGCUAACUAUGCUACAACUCUUUCCUCCAACAAAUCCUCCAACGGCGUUGCGUUGCUGCAAACCACACCGAAACGGCCCUCGAUGAAAAAAUCCUCCAACGCGUCAACGGUGGGCAAUGAUGGUGGUGGCCGUGCUGGUGCUGCUGGAACCCGUUCCCGUUCGCACGAUCGUCACUCGAACCAUUCCGAAUCGCCGUCCACUGGUUCGGGGAUGCCGGAACACCCGCAUCGACGUACGCGCACAUCCCACAGUGACUACGAUGUGCGAGGCCGCAGUCGCUACGGUGGGCACAACGGAGGACGGGAUGCUUACCGGCAGCGUGAUCGUGAGCGAGACCGUGAUCGAAACAGCAGCGAUCAAGAGCGGGACCGAGAUCUGAGCGAUCGUGAGCAACGGGAAUCGCGGGAGCGCGGUGAACUGGACCAAAGUCUUUCGAAUACCGAGGGAACACCGGAGGAUAAGAUAGACGGUAGCCUAAGUGAUACAGCAGUGAUACAGAGCUUGGACGCACGACGUAAGUUGGACCAACGAUCGCCGAAAAGCGAAACACCCACCAGGGACCGGGACCGUUUCGGCACUGGUAUGGGUAUCAAGAGUAACUCAACAUCGCAACUGUCGGCAACAGACCAAGGCGUGUCGUCUUCAUCCUCAUCCUCGACGUCGCAGCGCAAACGGGCGUCGGCCGGUUCGAUACAGCGAUCGGUCGAGGUGACACCGAUACCAGCACAGUCGGCAGCCUAUCGGGCCGGAAGCUUACACUCGAUCUCGAGCUCCGAAGGCUCCUCAUGGUCACCAUCGCUACGAGUAGCGGGUGAUACGGGACCUUUAUCGGACUUCAUCGAUGGUUUGGGACCAGGACAGCUAGUUGGACGCCAGGUACUGGGUGCUCCGGCCUUAGGUGAUAUUCAACUGUCUAUGUGCUAUCAGAAGGGUUCCUUAGAGGUUGAAGUGAUAAGAGCAAGAGGAUUGCAGGCACGUCCUGGCUCAAAAGUACUUCCAGCGCCUUACGUUAAAGUGUAUUUAGUUUCUGGUAAAAAAUGUAUAGAAAAAGCAAAAACAACGACUGCUAGGAAAACGUUAGACCCACUAUAUCAGCAACAACUAGUGUUUAGGGAACCGUUUGCGGGCUGCAUACUGCAAGUCACGGUUUGGGGAGAUUAUGGUCGCAUGGAGGGCAAGAAAGUAUUCAUGGGCGUAGCACAGAUAAUGCUGGACAACCUCAACCUCUCACACAUAGUCAUCGGCUGGUACAAACUGUUCGGAACAACGUCACUGGUCAGUGGGCCACCUAGCUUGGGCCUGUCUAGAAGAUCCUCGAUCGCCUCACUCGAUUCACUCAAGCUGUAAAGCUGUAUGAUUGAGAAACCAUUGAGCAUCACAACCCACAAUUUCUUCUAUCCUUGCCUUCUCUCUCUCU